UUCAGUGGCUGACCAAGCCUUCCUUGAUUCCCUCUCAGGAAGUACAGCUCAAGCCAAUUCAUCCGCUGCCAACAGUAACAGCCAGCUCCUGGUUUCACGUUGUUUGGGGUUCCGCGUGUUAUAGAUUCUUACUUGAGCAACCACAGUGGUAAGUGGAUUAGUUGGUGCAGAGGUAGAGAAAAUCGGCACGUUCCUUACAGUGACACAGUCUGACUUCUGUGCUGUAAUAGUUUUUGUGCUAGUUCCACAGAACUAGCUUCUCAUCCAGACUUCCCAAUUUCUAUUUCUCUAAAAUGCUGCUUGUUUCUGUGUCCUUAUUUCACUCCACUUUCAAAGCCUAACUGAGUGCCACUGUGAGCCAUGGUUAUCGUCCGGAGUGGUCUGCAUCCUGUAGAUGUGGAAGGGCAGGAAAAAAAUUGAGACCCUGUUCUCAUUCAUCCCUCACUUUGUCUCCUCCCUUAAAAUAUAGCAUUGCUUGGGUGCCAGGGCAGUAGGCUCUGGAGCCAGAGGACCAGGUUUUAGUCCCAGAUCUCACGCUUUCUCGAGACUGAGGUUAAGGUUAAAUAGCCUUCUUGUGCUUCCAUUUCCUCAUCUGUAAAACCUCAAGGAUUGUUGGAAAAAGUGAAAAAACAGUUCUAAAGUGUUUAGAACAGUACUUGGUACUUAGUAAGGAUUUAAUAAUUGUCCGUUGUCUUUGUCUUAUACACCGUUGCUUGGAAAUAAGACAAUAAAUAUGUCAGUUCUCCGCUCAGGAAACUUCAGGAGCUCCCCCCUUGCCUACUGAGAUAAGCAACCAUUUUCUGCAUGUCACGAGAAAGGACUGUUCAGGAGGUAGUCAAUAUCCUGUCAGUUAGAGUUGUGCUAGCAGACACUGAACAGUUGCUUGGUAGGGAAAUUGUAGAAGGAAUUCUGAAUUCAGGGUUGGUUUAGAUACUUUCCCAACCUCAGUUAUAUUUGUGUGAUUCCUCAGUGUGGCCCCAGCCUUAUCCUGAUAAAUGUUUUAGGCUCCAGCCAAAUAGCUAUUCUGCAAAGGUGCCCUCAUGUUGCCCCACCUUUUCUUUGUGCCUUUGGUUCUCUCUAAGAGUGCUAGAACGUCCUUCCAUCUUUCAAAAGACUACCCAUCCCUCAACAUUCAGCCCAAGUGCCACACCUUUUAUCAAGCCUUGUUUUGGUUCUUUUUCCAUCUUCUGGAUUCUCUUAGCACUAUUUGUGACUCGUGUGUUACGUAUUACAGGUUAUAUUUGUAUUGCUUAUUUGUAAACUCAUAAGCUCAGUGAUAAGCAGACAGUCUUUCUGUCUUGCUUACUUUUUUCAAUUCCCAGUAGCCUGUUAUAGGUCUUGCACCAUAAUAGAAUGCUCUACACGUUUGUAUAAUUUUUUGUUCAGUCAUAAAUACCUCAAAAUGUCCUUUGCAGUAUAAAAUACUAUGAGAUUUACAGAUUUCAACCUGAAUCUCUGUCUAAAACAAGUUUGUAUUCUCAGCUUUGGCUAUAGGACUAGAAACUAUUCCUCACCCAUCACUAUACCAUCUGAUAAGUUACCCAAUCAAAAAUAGUGAAAUCCCUCACAGAAAACCCUCUGGCAUUGGGUUUUUUUGUUUGUUUGUUUCUGUUUUUGUUUUAACAGUUUGAAUAUUAAACAAAUGCUUGAAAUUAAGUGGAUAUUUAGAGAUGUAGUACCCUUUUAUUAUGCAGAGAUUUUCUUUUUUUGUAAUUUAUUGUGUUUUGUUGUUGUUGUUGAGAAUAUACACAAUAGAACAUACACCAAUUCAGCAGUUUCUCCAUGUACAAUUCAGUGACACUGAUUACAUUCUUCAAUUUAUGCAACCAUUCUCACCCUCCUUUCCCGAAUUGUUCCUCCCCCAUUAUUAGCAGAGAUCUUCACCAUAAUGAUUUUGUUAUAAAGGAAUUCUUAUUGGUUAAGGGAUGAAGAAGGCAAUAGAAGUUUAUGUUAGGAUUACAUUUUGCUUCCCCAUUUCUCAAAAAAGCCCAUCUUUAGGCCAAUUUAAGGCCAUUUUUUAGUCCAUUUAAAAAUAAAUCGAAAGAAGCCUUCACGAGGAAAUUAGAUUUGCUUGUUAUUUCAUUAUCUCAAAUAACUCUUAAGUGCCUUAGAUUUCUCAUAAUUGCUUAUUGAGAUUUCCUCUUCAUAAAACCCUUUAUCGAAAAGAUUCUCUCCUUUUCCCCACCCCUACUUUCACCCCAUGGCAUAGGAAUCCUUUUUACUUGUCUGCAAGGCUUCUUAAGGAAGGUUGUAUACAACUGUUCAUAGGAUUUGUGGACAACAUUUGCCUUUAAAACCGCAUUAGGCUGCCAAUCCCAACUUUUCAGCCUGUGUUUAUCCCAGAUCUUUGCCCUAUGUGACCGCUUUGUUCAUCUAGGGAACGUUUCAAAAUAUGUGCUGGUGAAAUUUAUUGUUUACGGUUUUGUUUGUUUUUGUCCAAGUGGAAACAAAUGACAAAAGUAAAUUUUUUGACCUUAAACCAAUGUGAUAAAGGGCCAUUCAGCUUGUUAUAUACAUAGCCCAUCACGAGAAAAGUGUUCCUAAAAGCCAUUUCACAUGAACUCUUAUUAGACGAGUCUGUCUGGAAGCAAAUUGCAUUUUUUUUUGUUGUAGCAUCAUCUGGCUCUGUACAUAAAACUACAUAUUUUAAGACUUGGAGCGAUCAAAAUAAGUGAAGUCUCUAAUACAAAUACUAUCCAUUUAUUUUAAGGAAGGCAAAUUUUAUUCUUUGAUCUUACUAUAUUUUAGGGAAAAAAUACCUGGAAUUGACAUCUAUGGGUCCAGAAUGUGAGUCAGUUGUAAUUUUUUUGGUAAUUAAUGCCCGGGCAGCAGGGUUGAUGUGAUGGGCUACAGAUGGAUUCAGUCUGUUCUUAUGAUGAUCUGGCCUCAUUUUUAAGAGAACGUAUAGGUUUUAUGUUUACCUUAGUGGUUUUCUGAAGUCAGUAGAGGUUCAUCUGUAGAAUUAGAUGAUGUACUUUGGGCAAAAGAUCUGUAAAGUACAAGGUAGGAAAUUUUACAGUGUCUCUUGUAUUUGAUCUGAAAUGGUUAGACUUUUUACAUCAGAGAAUCAUACCUUCUAUAAGCCCUUUUGAGAAAAAGUGUUAAAUCUUUGUCAAAAACUCUGAAAUUUUCUUGGGUGUACCAACCAAACAAACCAACCCUAUUGCCAUCGAGUCAAUUCCAACUCAUAGCGACCCUAUAGGACAGAGUAGAACUGCCUCGUAGGGUCUCCAAAGAGCGGCUGGUGGAUUCAACCUGCCAGCCUUUUGGUCAGCAGCCAAGCUCUUAACCGCUGCGUGGACAGGGUUCCUUCUUGGGUAUAGGAAGCAGUUAUUUGCUUUCUAUUCCUGCUUCCUAACGUGAUUGGCAGAUAGUUAAAUGAUAAAUGAGAAAUGUCAGAUAAACAUUUUGGUUUCUCAGUCAUGCAGAUGAGUGCAAAAAAAAAAUCCUUGGUCUUCACAAAACAAAGUAAUUUUCCAUUAUUUUUGUUAUAUACCUCUGGAAAAGUCUUGCCCUAAAAGUUUCUAGUUAACAAGUUCCUUCCUUUCUCCCUCCCUUCCUUCCUUCUAAGCAGGGGACAUUUAUUAGGGUGUAUUUAUUAGGGUCUGUCUUAGCCAGGCGGCAAAGUAACAAGAACGUGUAAGUGUGUGACUGAGGCACAGCGACAAUUUCCUUGUGUGAUCAUAAGAUCGACCCUUGAAUGGUGACAGAUUUCUCCCCCAAGCUAGUAAUAGAAGAGGUAGUGAGCCCGUAACUAGGGCCUCCUCUCACCCAUAGACUUAUCCAGCCGAAUGGUCUGUACUGACCUGUGCUGUAGUGAACUUUGGGCAUCCGCUGUAAGGAACCAGAUGGGCAAUGGUUGCUGUGACCACUCACCAGCGUCUUUUGAGCUUUCAUAUAUCCUUUUGUACUCUUGUUUCCUGGCUUGGUAGCAAGCCAAAGGGAAAAUGGCCUUAAUGAAGUGUAAGUUAUUUUCAUUAACUCUCAAACCUAGAUCACCCUUGGAAGGCUGAGCCAGUGCAGGUGGACACAGAAGGAAGUGAUGGCGUCUGCUGCCCAUCUCUCCAUCUUCUGCCAGCCUCUCUUCCAGAGUUGUUAUUCUCAUGGUCUGUGUAGUGAAACUUAGACCAUGUUUGCGUACUUCCUGCGAAACCAGUGAAUUGAGUAAAGUGUCAACGAGUUACCCAAACAAACGCCUGCCCAGGUCUUACUGCAUUUUUGUCAAAUCUGGUGUCAGAAGUUGGAGUUUGCUUUUCACUGGUCCAGUUCCCCCAAGGGUGCCAUGUUAAGAAGCAGAAUACAACAAGAUAGCAAAAUCUAGCAAAACCAGAACUUACUAUGUUUGUUGUCAGCAGUUACUGACUAGCAUCCUUACUUUCUUUAAAAACGAUUUUUAAAAAUAACCUUUUAUUGUUACAGAAGCAGUCCAUAUGCAUUGUAGAAAAUGAGACAGUUCAGGCUAGCAAAAAGGAAAACAUCCCAUUCCUGUUACUCACUGCUGUUUACAUCUUCGUUCUCUCUGUGAAGCUCUCUCCUCCCCAGUACUCUGCCUCACACUCCCAGCUCCGUCUCCACCACUCACAAGGACCACUGGGCUUCCUGUGGGUCCCCUGUGACCUGGAAAGUCUCUGCAGGCAGCAAACGGGGGCACUUGUGGUCUCCCCUUUGUUUCCCAUUUUUCAGAGAUCACCAUCCUUCACUGCCUGAUGUCCGCUAAUUUAAAAACCUGUUCAGAUAUUUUGUCCUGCUGUGUAGUUUUACAUGGGAGUGUAAAUCAGUUCCCUGUCACUCUGACGUGAUUGUCUACUUUGUAUAUUAAUGAUUUCCCAAACCAGGUUUAUUUUCAGCUAGAAAAUGAGGAUAUGGCCACUUACUUCACAGGAGAGUUGUGGAAAAGUACAUCCACACGGUACUAUGCAAACGUUAAUAAUAAUGACUUUCUUACUGGAUAGUGGUAGAGCUGGGGUUUGAACCCGGAAAUUUGGCUCCAAAGUUGACCUCCUAACAACUAUACUACAAUUUGGUCAUCGAUUGCUUGCAUGGGAGUGUAUCAGUUCUCUAUUGCCACAGAGAUGCUGCAUAACAAACCAGUCAAAACCUCGGUGACUGCACCAGAAGACACUUCCUUUUGUUCUUGAGUUCACGGACUGACUAGGCUGUGCCACUGCUCUGCACUGGGCCUGGGGGGGCUCAUCACGGGCCUGUGUUGGUUUUGAGCAGGCUAGGUGGCUUUGCUGAUCUUGGCUGGCGCUCUCAUACCUGGGGCCUCAGGUCAGCUGAAGUUUCUUUUAUUGGCUGUCUUCCUUGCAUGAUCUUUGUCCCAUUCCUGCUGUGCCGCUUGUAGUUAUUUUCAGUGAUACUGUAUUCUGAUACCAAGCAGCAGACUUGAGAAAAUAUACUAGUGCGUUGAGGAUAACCUACUACUACACAACUGAGGUUUUUUGCAUGCAGUGUUUGUAAGUGAGUGGCAUGCUAGAAUUUUCUGGUGAAUUUAACCCUGCCUUGAAUUUACUGUUUUUAGCUAAAAGCUUUGGUAUGCUCUUUUUUUCAUUCACUGGGCACCUUUUUUGUUUUAAGGUGGAUAUUUUGGCUCAGAUUGGUUGUGUUGAAAGUCUCAGCCAGUCACCACCUUCUUCAUCUUCUCCUUCUUCUUCUUCCAUAAAUAAGGUCAGUGGUGGCAACGACCCGUGGUCUCCCUGGAGCGCACCCAAACCUGGGAACUGGGAGGGCACAGAUGGCUGGGGAACCAAGCCUGAAGGAACUGCUGCCCAAAGAAGCACCUCCAAUAACUGGGACGCUGCCUUCGGCCAUCCCCAGGCCUACCAAGGACCAGCAACUGGUGAUGACGAUGACUGGGACGAAGACUGGGAUGAACCCAAGUCCUCGUUGCCUUACUUUAAGGAUUCAGAGUCCGCCGAAGCGGGAGGCGCUCCGCGAGGAAACAGCCGGCCUGGGUCAUCGUCCAUGAAGCUGCCGCUGAACAAGUUUCCUGGAUUCACAAAACCUGGACUGGAGCAGUAUUUGUUGGCCAAGCAACUAGCAAAACCCAAAGAGAAAAUUCCCAUCAUUGUUGGAGAUUAUGGCCCAAUGUGGUUUUAUCCUACCUCUACGUUCGACUGUGUGGUAGCAGAUCCCAAAAAAGGUACCAAGAUGUACGGUCUGAAGAGCUACAUUGAGUAUCAGUUAACACCCACUAACACUAAUCGAUCGGUGAACCACAGGUAUAAGCACUUUGACUGGCUGUAUGAACGUCUCCUGGUUAAGUUUGGGUCAGCCAUUCCAAUCCCUUCUCUUCCAGAUAAGCAAGUCACAGGUCGCUUUGAAGAGGAAUUCAUCAAAAUGCGCAUGGAGAGACUCCAGGGGUGGAUGACCAGGAUGUGCCGGCAUCCUGUCAUCUCAGAAAGCGAGGUUUUCCAACAGUUCCUCAAUUUCCGGGAUGAAAAGGAAUGGAAAACUGGAAAAAGGAAGGCUGAAAAAGAUGAGCUGGUGGGAGUUAUGAUAUUUUCCACCAUGGAACCAGAGGCACCUGACUUGGACUUACUGGAAAUAGAGCAGAAGUGUGAUGCUGUGGGUAAGUUCACCAAAGCCAUGGACGACGGCGUCAAGGAGCUGCUGACGGUGGGGCAGGAGCACUGGAAGCGGUGCACAGGACCAUUACCCAAGGAGUAUCAGAAGAUAGGAAAGGCCUUGCAGAGCUUAGCCACAGUGUUCAGCUCGAGCGGCUAUCAAGGUGAAACAGACCUCAAUGAUGCACUAACAGAAGCAGGAAAGACAUAUGAAGAAAUUGCCAAUCUUGUGGCAGAGCAGCCAAAGAAAGAUCUCCAUUUUCUAAUGGAAUGUAAUCAUGAAUAUAAAGGUUUCCUUGGCUGCUUCCCUGAUAUUAUCGGCGCUCACAAGGGAGCAAUAGAAAAAGUAAAAGAAAGCGAUAAACUAGUUGCAACUAGUAAAAUCACCCCACAAGACAAGCAGACCAUGGUGAAACGUGUUGGCACUAUGUCUUAUGCGUUACAAGCGGAGAUGAACCAUUUUCACAGUAACCGGAUCUACGAUUACAACAGCGUCAUCCGCCUGUACCUGGAGCAGCAGGUGCAGUUCUAUGAGACGAUUGCAGAAAAGCUGAGGCAGGCCCUCAGCCGCUUUCCAGUUAUGUAGAAGAGACGGAAUGUGAAGAAAACGCCGAAGUGCUUCUUUCUGACUUGGGCAAUGCAAUUUAACGUUUUUUUUUUCCCUAUCACCAAAAAAAAAAGGAGAAGAAAGAAAACCAAAAGUAAUAGGGUGACAAAACAAACUGUGUUUACUUU